AUGGCUGCACAGACGGAUACCGAACCCAGAACCCACGAGGAAUAUACUGUGGGAUGGGUAUGUGCUCUGCCAAAAGAACAAACCGCAGCGACGGCCAUGCUGGAUCAAAAGCACACCGGGCUCUCGAAGCCACCAAAUGACCCUAAUACUUAUACCCUUGGAUCUGUUGGUAGGCACAAUGUUGUGAUAGCUUGCCUCCCUAAAGGCCAGAUUGGCAACAACUCGGCAGCGAACGUUACCACCUGGAUGGUCUCGACUUUUCCGUCAAUCAGAUUUGGCCUGAUGGUGGGUAUUGGCGGCGGCGUUCCGCCAAAAGUGAGACUCGGUGAUGUGGUGGUCAGCACACCAGUAGGCCAGUUUCCUGGUGUGGUCCAAUGGGACUUUGGCAAGGCGAAAGAAGGCAGCUUCGAACGGACCGGGUCACUGAACAAUCCGCCCACGUCCCUUCUCACAGCUUUGACAGCACUAGAAACGGAGCACGACUUAGUUGGCUCUAAAAUACCAGAGUACCUGGAAGAACUGAAGAAGAAGUGGCCUAAACUUAUCCCGAAGUACCUGCGGUCUGAUUUACAGGAUAUAUUGUUUAGAGCAAAUUACGGACACAUAAACAGGCGUACCACGGAUCCCGAUGAUACUUUCAGUGAUGACCAUAUAGAUGAGGAUGAGGAUGAGGAUGAGGAUGAGGAAGAGAGCUGUCGAUUCUGUGAUAAAACACAGGUCGUGAGGAGAAAGCCGAGGGAUAUGUCUGUGCACUUCGGUCUGAUUGCAUCGGGAAACCAGGUCAUUAAGGAUGCUGCUUUCCGAAAUAAACUCAACAAAGAUCUUGGUGGUCAUCUCCUUUGCAUCGAAAUGGAAGCAGCGGGGCUGAUGAACAACUUCCCGUGUAUUAUUAUCCGAGGAAUAUGCGACUACGCGGACUCACACAAGAACAAAGACUGGCAGGAAUACGCUGCGGCUGUUGCUGCAGCAUUUGCAAAAGAAUAUCUAGGAUUCUUGGAACCAACUGAUAUCGAGAGAGAGCAGCCAGUGAAAGAAAUACUUGGACAGGAGAAAAGAGAUGACCUUGAGAUGCUUAGCUGGAUUACUCCAAUCGACUAUGGCCCUCAGCAAAGCGAUUUCUUGGGAAGAAGACAACAUGGAACUGGUCAGUGGUUUCUGGAGUCGACACAGUUCGAGACAUGGAAGGCGGCUAAGAACCAGACAAUGUUUUGUCCCGGUAUGCCCGGAGCUGGCAAAACUAUCAUUAGCUCGAUUGUGAUCGACCAUCUCGACCAGGAGUUUCGAGCAGACCCAGCCAUCGUUGUCGCUUAUAUCUACUUUAACUUCAAACGGCAGGAUACUGAAAAAAUCAACGAUUUACUAGCAAGUUUACUCAAACAGCUAGCUGAGCGGUGCCAGGCUCUGCCAGAUAGUGUCAAAGAGCUCUAUGAAUUCCAUAAAGGCAAACGAACGCGACCAUCAGUCGAAGAACUUUCUAAAGCUCUCCACGUUACUAUAGCAACAUUUUCAAAAAUCUUUAUUAUCGUUGAUGCACUUGAUGAAUGCCAGGCAUCUAGCCGGGUACAUUUUCUACCAGAGCUUUUCAACCUUCAGACACGGCAUAACGUGAAUAUUUUUGCAACAUCGCGAUUUAUUCCAGAGAUUGAGGAUCAGUUUAAAGACGCGUUAUUGUUAGAGAUCCGUGCGACCAACAAGGAUGUGAGGCUAUACCUGGAAAGUCAUAUAAAGCAACUACAAAGGGUUGUUCGGGAAAAUCGCCAGCUACAAGAGGAAAUAAAAACUGCCAUCUCCGAUGCAGUCGAUGGAAUGUUUCUAUUAGCCCAAAUUUAUCUUCGCUUCCUUGAUGACAAAUUUACGAUCAAUGAGAUCCGGGGAUCUUUAAAGAACUUCCAGAAGCAAGAUCGAGGAUCGAGUGAAGAAGAGAAGACUAAGAUCUUGAGCCAUGCCUACGAUCAAGUGAUGGAGAGAAUUGAUCAACAGCGUCCGGGUUUGAAACAGCUGGCAGUGAAGGUUUUAUCAUGGAUCACAUAUGCGAAUCGACCACUCAGCAUACCGGAGCUUCAGUAUGCCCUAGCAAUAAAGGAGGGCAAUUCUCAUUUUGACGAUGGAGACCUACCACACAUCGAAGAUGUGGUGUCAGUCUGUUUAGGAUUAAUCACUAUCGAUGAUGAAAGUAACAUCGCACGUUUGGUGCACUAUACCACGCAGGAGUACUUUACGCGGACCCGGGAGGACUGGUUUUCUAGUGCCCACACAGAACUUACGAAAUCCUGUGUCACCUGCUUGUCAUUUGACGUUUUUGAUACUGGAUGCUGUUCAACGUAUGAAGGCUUAAGUGAGAGAUUCAAGACCACUGUUCUCUAUAAGUACGCUGCGGAAAAUUGGGGAUUCCAUGCCAGAUAUUCCUUGAUUGAAGGCGAUAGGUUGAUUUUGGAUCUUCUGCAGAACACUUCUAAAGUAUCUGCCUGUAGCCAGUCGAUGGGGUGGGAUAGCUUCAAACCCCAGACGAAGAUGACAGGUUUACACCUUACAUCGUGCUUUGGCCUUGGGACGUCUACAACGAAGAUGAUUAAGCGGAAUGCCGACGUCGAUUCUCUAGAUGAAGAUGGCAAGACUCCGCUCUUACUGGCGGCCAUGAAUGGGCACGAUGAAGUGGUGAAGCUACUACUAGAGAGGAAUGCCGACGUCGAUUCUCGAGAUGAAGAUGGCCAGACUCCGCUCUUAUGGGCUGCCAUGAAUGGGCACGAUGAAGUGGUGAAGCUACUAUUAGAGAGGAAUGCCGACGUCGAUUCUAAAGAUACUGAAUAUGGCCGGACUCCGCUCUCAUGGGCGGCCGAAGAGGGACACGAUGAAGUGGUGAAGCUACUACUAGAGAGGAAUGCCGACGUCGAUUCUAAAGAUACUGAAUAUGGCCAGACUCCGCUCUUACGGGCGGCCAUGAAUGGGCACGAUGAAGUGGUGAAGCUACUACUAGAGAGGAAUGCCGACGUCGAUUCUCGAGAUGAAGAUGGCCAGACUCUGCUCUUAUGGGCUGCCAUGAACGGGCACGAUGAAGUGGUGAAGCUACUACUGGAGAGGAAUGCCGACGUCAAUUCCCAAGAUGGAUAUGGUCGGACUCCGCUCCUACGGGCUGCCAUGAGUGGGCACAAUGAAAUGGUGAAGCUACUACUAGAGAGGAAUGCCGACGUCGAUUCUCGAGAUGAAGAUGGCCAGACUCCGCUCUUAUGGGCUGCCAUGAAUGAGCACGAUGAAGUGGUGAAGCUACUACUAGAGAGGAAUGCCGACGUCGAUUCUCGAAAUGAAGAUGGCCGGACUCCGCUCUUAUGGGCUGCCAUGAGUGGGCACAAUGAAAUGGUGAAGCUACUAUUAGAGAGGAAUGCCGACGUCGAUUCUCGAGAUGAAGAUGGCCAGACUCCGCUCUUACGGGCGGCCAUGAAUGGGCACGAUGAAGUGGUGAAGCUACUACUGGAGGGGAAUGCCGACGUCGAUUCUAAAGAUACUGAAUAUGGCCAGACUCCGCUCUCAUGGGCGGCCGAAGAGGGACACGAUGAAGUGGUGAAGCUACUACUAGAGAGGAAUGCCGACGUCGAUUCUCGAGAUGAAGAUGGCCAGACUCCGCUCUUAUGGGCUGCCAUGAAUGGGCACGAUGAAGUGGUGAAGCUACUAUUAGAGAGGAAUGCCGACGUCGAUUCUAAAGAUACUGAAUAUGGCCGGACUCCGCUCUCAUGGGCGGCCGAAGAGGGACACGAUGAAGUGGUGAAGCUACUACUAGAGAGGAAUGCCGACGUCGAUUCUCGAGAUGAAGAUGGCCAGACUCCGCUCUUAUGGGCUGCCAUGAAUGGGCACGAUGAAGUGGUGAAGCUACUAUUAGAGAGGAAUGCCGACGUCGAUUCUAAAGAUACUGAAUAUGGCCGGACUCCGCUCUCAUGGGCGGCCGAAGAGGGACACGAUGAAGUGGUGAAGCUACUACUAGAGAGGAAUGCCGACGUCGAUUCUAAAGAUACUGAAUAUGGCCAGACUCCGCUCUUACGGGCGGCCAUGAAUGGGCACGAUGAAGUGGUGAAGCUACUACUAGAGAGGAAUGCCGACGUCGAUUCUCGAGAUGAAGAUGGCCAGACUCUGCUCUUAUGGGCUGCCAUGAACGGGCACGAUGAAGUGGUGAAGCUACUACUGGAGAGGAAUGCCGACGUCAAUUCCCAAGAUGGAUAUGGUCGGACUCCGCUCCUACGGGCUGCCAUGAGUGGGCACAAUGAAAUGGUGAAGCUACUACUAGAGAGGAAUGCCGACGUCGAUUCUCGAGAUGAAGAUGGCCAGACUCCGCUCUUAUGGGCAGCCAUGAAUGGGCACGAUGAAGUGGUGAAGCUACUACUAGAGGGGAAUGCCAACGUCAAUUCUAAAGAUACUGAAUAUGGCCAGACUCCGCUCUUACGGGCGGCCAUGAAUGGGUACGAUGAAGUGGUGAAGCUACUACUGGAAAGAAACGCCGACGUCGAUUCUCGAGAUGAAGAUGGCCAGACUUCGCUCUUACGGGCGGUCGAAGAGGGACACGAUGAAGUGGUGAAGCUACUACUGGAGAGGAAUGCCGACGUCGAUUCUCGAGAUGAAGAUGGCCAGACUCCGCUCUUACGGGCAGCCAUGAAUGGGUACGAUGAAGUGGGGAAGCUACUACUAGAGGGGAAUGCCGACGUCAAUUCUCAAGAUGGAUAUGGUCGGACUCCGCUCCUACAGGCUGCCAUGAAUGGGCACGAUGAAGUGGUGAAGCUACUAUUAGAGAGGAAUGCCGACGUUGAUUCUCGAGAUGAAGAUGGCCAGACUCCGCUCUUACGGGCGGCCAUGAAUGGGCACGAUGAAGUGGUGAAGCUACUACUGGAGGGGAAUGCCGACGUCGAUUCUCAAGAUGGAUAUGGUCGGACUCCGCUCCUAUGGGCUGCCAUGAAUGGGCACGAUGAAGUGGUGAAGCUACUACUAGAGAGGAAUGCCGACGUUGAUUCUCGAGAUAGAGAGAACCGGACUCUGCUCUUACGGGCGGCCAUGAAUGGGCACGAUGAAGUGGUGAAGCUACUACUAGAGAGGAAUGCCGACGUCGAUUCUCGAGAUAAAUAUGGCCAGACUCCGCUCUUAUGGGCGACCGAAGAGGGACACAAUGAAGUGGUGAAGCUACUACUAGAGAGGAAUGCCGACGUCGAUUCUCGAGAUGAAGAUGGCCAGACUCCGCUCUUACGGGCAGCCAUGAACGGGCACGAUGAAGUGGUGAAGCUACUACUAGAGAGGAAUGCCGACGUUGAUUCUCGAGAUAGAGAGAACCGGACUCUGCUCUUACGGGCGGCCAUGAAUGGGCACGAUGAAGUGGUGAAGCUACUACUAGAGAGGAAUGCCGACGUUGAUUCUCGAGAUGGAGAGAACCGGACUCUGCUCUUCGAUGAUUUAUCCUAG